GAACAAUGUUGAAGAUCACUCUCUAUUAAUUCUAAGAUGAUGAGAAAAAAAUAAAAUUCUCUGAUUGAUUUGGGUUAAAACAUAUAUACCUAGAGAGAAAUACAGAGAGAGAUGGAGAUGGAGAUUUUUAGGCCUUUCCUUCACAAGCAUGUGUUAUCGCUGAGUGAAAAGAAAGAAGAUCAUUUUAUUUGCAGUGGAUGCAGUGAACACUGCGAUGGAGGUGUGAUGAUCUACAGUUGCAGGGAAUUUUAUUGUGGGUUCUCCCUGCACGAAUCAUGUGCAAAUCUACCGCAGGAGUUGCACAACCCCCUUCUUCACCCACACCCUCUUUCCCUGCUAGUACACCAAGAAUUGUGCUCUGACUGUUAUGUUUGUGCCAAGAGUUUCAGGAGCUUCGCCUUCAGCUGCGACAAGUGCGAGUCCAUCGUGGUUGAUGUUAAGUGCGCUUUUAUAAGGCUUGCGAAAGAAGAAAGGGACCACCCUGUUCCUACACUACAUUUUAGCCACCAUGAGCAUCCAUUUCUACUCUUCGAGAACAUACCUGCCCAUCACAUUAGGUGCCGCUUGUGUGGAGCAUACUGCUCGGACCCGAAGACCUAUGGUUGCCUCCCAUGUGGCUUCUUUCUCCAUCCCUCGUGUUUGAACUUGCCGGAAGAGAUUUUACAUCCCUUUCAUCCAUACCACCCUCUCACCCGAAAACGCAUCAAGAAGCCAAAACGCAUCUCGAAGGAUGAUGCUGAUGCUGAUGUUAAAUGCAAUGCCUGUCGCAGGCAUAUCUACGGGAAACAGUACUUCGGCUGCUUCGCCUACUUUUGUGAGUACUGUAACAAUACGAAGACUAGCUUUUGCUUGGACGCCGAAUGCGCUAGUGUGAUAAGGCCUGCCAUAACAUACGAAGGCCACGAUCACCUUCUACGAUUCGUGGACAUCAAUAAUGUUGAACGGACCAAGAACUGCAGCGCUUGCAAAUCCAGUUGUGAAUCAUAUGGUUUCAGAUGUCUAGAUCUGCAUUUCAACGACAUUAAAGGUGAACUGAUCAAGCGCAGGCUGUGCAGCCCGUGCAGCGCUUGCAAAUCCACUUGUGAAUCAUACGCUUUCAGAUGUCUAGAUCUGGCAUGUGAUAUCAAUCUCCAUCUUACGUGUGGUCCAUUACCAUAUACCAUUCAACACAAAUCCCACAUUCAUCCCCUUAUCCUUACAAUUUGUCCCAUUGAAGAUGAAAAGGAUUGCGAGCCGGACGAAUUCUAUUGUAAUGUUUGUGAGAAAGAAAGAGACCCAUUCUUGCCCAUUUAUUAUUGCAAGGAAUGUCCUUUUUUUGCCGGAAUUUCUUGCGUCGUCUCAGAGGUAGUAUCAUUGCUGAAGGGAGAACAUGGAGAUGUGGAGCUGAGGAAUCCUUUUGGACAGUUUGGAAAUCUGAUUCGCGAGAAACAACAACUCCUGACCAAGCCGGCUUUAACCUUGUUUGAUAUUUCUAAUUCUUUGAGUGAAGCAGAGGAAAAGGAAUUGGCUGGUGCUCUUCUAAUUGCUAGGACUUUUGUAGGGGCUUCGGCUUCUCUAGGGGCUACGGCUUCGGGAAGUAAAACAGUAGUUACUUCAAAAGAUUGGAAAUUGACAGCAAUUAGUUUCAAGGGUGAGAAGGCUUACACACAAUUCAUGAAAUUUGUUGAUAUUGGCAUAGAGAUUCCUAUAGAAUUACAACAUGCUCAGAUUUCAAAUUUCGAGUUUCGCUAUGAGCUGCUUCCAGAAGAAGAGGUUGUCGAUCUUGAGGAUUACAAGAUUACUCGAAAGUUGGCCCCUAUCUUGAAGGACUUGCUUUUCAAAUACGGGGAUGUUAGUGCUGAGUCCAAGUUAAGUCCAAGGGUGAAAGUUUAUUAUUUCCACAUGUUAUGUGACUGCAUAUAUUGCAUGAUAAAUACCAAAGUUGUGGAUGUCACCACAAAUGAUCUUCUCAACUGGUGGACAAUCUUGGAAAUCUCAAAGUUAGCGGGAUUUAGAAUUCAAUUUGUCUUUGAUCAUUUGAAGAGAGUUGCACAUGUUCAUUUUGGUCUUUAUGCUGAAAAGCAAGGAAGCAAGGCUCUUGAUAAACUCGAUAGAGAUAUCGAGGCGUUAAAAAAGAAACGCGAGAGCUUACCAUCUAUACAAUCCAGCUUAAUCGAGAAAUGCGCAGAGACUACGAUGCUGAAGGGAUGGAAAGCGGGUGUUCGACUACUGAAAGCAGGUGUUGGACUACUAUAAGUGUUUUUGGUUAAUUAUAUCCUCUUUCUUUAUUCUCAGAAUGGCUGAUAAAUCAAGAUUUUAUUGUCCUCUUAUUCAUAGUUUCAUAGGUUUCUUUUAUCACCUUCAUUUGUCGUUUCAGGCGCAGCUCUUCUCAAAGUUCAUUUAUCUUAACUUUUACAAUUU